AUGGGGAUGUACUCUCUGGCUACCGGAUUGUCUACCUUCAACAAUAGGAGUGCAAUAAAGGUUAGAGUUAUUCGUAGCUACCUGGUACGGGAAAAGAAAGGUUCUGCUGACCUAAAGAGUCAAGAAUUGGUCUUACACGACCCAGAGGGAAAUGUCAUUCAUACAACUAUACCAGCAAAGAUUGUUCCAAAGUUUAGCAACGGUUUUGUAGAAGGCAAAGUGUAUGCUAUCAAGAACUUUUACGUUGUUUCAAACUGGCAUACCUACAAGACUAGCAUGAACGAAUAUAUGAUGCAAUUGAAUCAUGAAACUAUUUACAAAGAGUUGAGGUCAGAGAAUUUCCCUUGGUUAAUGUACAGAUUGAGACCUUUUGAUAGUUUGAAAGAUAUCAUUGGUCGGGUUGUUGAAGUCUAUGGACCUCAAGAAAAAACGAUUGGUGGAAAUAAUGCUAGGCUCAUAGACUUUGUGCUUGAGGAUGCCCAUGGUCAAAAGUUAACCUGCACAUUUUGGGACGACCACGUUUCCAAGAUUCAGCAUUUAUAUGAAGCUCCAUCCAAAGAUCCUGUGAUAGUUCUUAUACAAUUCUGUAGGAUAAAAAGAGGGCUCAGAGAUGGUGAGGUCAAGAUCUGCUCAUCUUAUGAUGUAACUCAAGUCCUUUUGGCUGAUGGGUAUCUAGCAAGCAAGAGGACUGGAGGAAAAACACUAUGGAUAUCUUAA